ACGUUCUCACCACAGUCGGUACAAAGUACAACAAGUAAAUAAGUUAGUAGCGUUUGGUUUACUCUAGAACACUGGUUUAAAAUCUUCAGUUGCGAACGUAAAUUGAGACACAACUGACUGUGUGAAGUGUAGGACAUUUUUAUAAACAGUAAUUAAUUUUAUUGCUCAUUUCUUACAAAUUAGAGUACGAUUAUUAUCAGUGGAUUGUGGCACUGCUACAAAACUAUAUAUUUUUCUUUGGUUUAAACUUUUAGUAACCUCGAAUCAGCUGUGCCGCGCAGAGGAGAGAGAGAGAUAGAGGGGGAGAGAAGUUAAGGAAAAUAACGAAUGAAUAGUUGUUUUCGGACAAAUAAACAACUGUGGGUGAUUAGAAUUUUAAAUUUAAACAAAUUAAUAUGAUUUUGAACGCUGUCGCUAGAACAUGCUGUCGGAAACGGUUAGUAUUGCAGCCUAUUUCAAGAUGUAUGUCGGAUAAUAAAGUAUCAACUGCUGAGAAGAUUGCUGCUAUGUCACCUAGUGAAAUGGUCAAGAAUGUUGUACAUGUGUCAGACUGGAACAAAAGAUUGCUGGUCUUUGCUGGACGUUUCAAGACUAUGGCUGAGAUACCAGAUGUUCUUCCGUUUGAGACGGUGGACAAGGGUCGCAACAAGGCUAGGAUCAAGGUUGCCAACUACAUGAUGGUGCUAACAGCGAUCGGCUGCGUUGCCAUGGUGAUAAGCGGCAAACAAGCGGCGGAGAAGGGAGAAUCAGUUACGCAGCUAAACCUCGAUUGGCACAAAGAAUACAAUGAGAAAGCCAGACAAGAAGCGGAGGCGCAGGCAAAGAAGUGAUUUGCCAAUGGAGUAACAUAGUUUCCAUACUAAAACUGUAACUGUAUACCACAAUCACGUUUGCAUGUAUCACGCUUAGGUUAUAAGUCAAAAUGGAUAUUAUUUUUCUCAUGUGGUUUGUUUGUAUGAUAAAAAAAUAUAACAUUUGUUUAAAA